GGGAAAGCCAAGGCUGCACUUGACGAGAAGCAGCUGAUGGACUAUGAGUGGAAGAUUGUUGGUCAGCUGCGGGAUGUGCUGAAGAUUCUGAAAGAUGCCACCAUGUUUUUUUCACGCGCUGUCCCCAAUCUUGCCACCGUAAUACCAGCCAUGGAUCUAAUGGAUGAAAAACUAACUACAUACUCUCUUGACGACAAAUACCUUCCUGCGAUUCGUGCCGCUGUGGGACUGGCCAAAAAAACAUUAAAUCGCUACUAUCAAUUGACGGACCACUCUGAUGUGUACCGUAUUGCGAUGAUACUUCACCCACGUCAUAAACUUGUGUAUUUCAAGGUGGCGAAUUGGGAGAAUGAGUGGAUUGAUGCCGCC